AUGUUUUCAACGAGUACGCAAAAAAAAUAUUGGAUUUUUUCAGAUGAAAAAGAUCUCACCGCUUUGAGGCAAAAAGCAAAUGCUGCUUAUGUUGAUAAAUAUGGUUCAAAAAUGACACCUGAAGAAAGAGAGCUGUAUUUUUUAUCUGACACAGAAGAACGAAUGCUGUUAAGAUUUUACGAACUACAACUACGAGAUUUUUGUAAAAGAUUUUCUCCACAAAUGCCAAGAGCUACAAUCGCAACAGCUUUGCAUUAUUUCAAAAGAUUUUAUUUGAGAAAUAGUGUGAUGGAUUAUCAUCCCAAGGAAAUACUUGUCACUUGCGUUUAUUUAGCAACAAAGGUGGAAGAAUUCAACGUUUCAAUCUCACAAUUUGUCGCUAACUUAAAAGGAGAUAGAGAAAAAGCAUCAGAUAUUGUUUUAAACAAUGAAUUAUUGUUAAUGCAGCAAUUAAACUAUCAUUUAACUAUCCACAAUCCUUACAGACCGGUAGAAGGUUUUAUGAUUGACAUCAAAACACGAUACAGUACUCUAGAAAAUCCAGAAAGAUUGAGGCCUCACAUUGAUGAUUUUCUGGAAAAAGUAUUUCUCACAGACAGUGUACUGCUCUAUGCACCUAGUCAAAUAGCUCUGGCAGCUGUGCUUCAUGCAACGUCCAAAAUUUCUGCUAAUUUAGAUAAUUACGUCACGGAUAUUUUAUUUUCUGCUGAGCAGAUUAGUGGAAUUAUUGAAGCUGUACGAAAAAUCCGAUCUAUGGCCAAAAGUAUCGAAAUACCUAAUAAAGAAAUAGUUAAAGCCCUUGAAAAGAAAUUAGAAAAAUGUCGAAACCAAGAAAAUAAUCCCGACAGCGAAAUAUACAAAAAAAGAAUGCAAGAAAUGUUGGAUGAAGAAGACAUACACGAUGAUGAUAGAUACGCUAAAAUCGUGAAAAACCAAGCAGCCAACGACGAAAAAAUUCUAGGAGUUGAUAGAAUUAAUUAG